AUGUUACUGGAAUAUGCUAAUGUGUCACACUAUGCUAAUGUGUCACACUAUGCUUAUGUGUCACACUAUGCUAAUGUGUCACACUAUGCUAAUGUGUCACACUAUGCUAAUGUGUCACACUAUGCUUAUGUGUCACACUAUGCUAAUGUGUCACACUAUGCUUAUGUGUCACACUAUGCUAAUGUGUCACACUAUGCUUAUGUGUCACACUAUGCUAAUGUGUCACACUAUGCUUAUGUGUCACACUAUGCUAAUGUAUCACACUAUGCUAAUGUGUCACACUAUGCGAAUGUGUCACACUAUGCUAAUGUGUCACACUAUGCUUAUGUGUCACACUAUGCUAAUGUGUCACACUAUGCUUAUGUGUCACACUAUGCUAAUGUGUCACACUAUGCUAAUGUGUCACACUAUGCUAAUGUGUCACACUAUGCUAAUGCGUCACACUAUGCUUAUGUGUCACACUAUGCUAAUGUGUCACACUAUGCUAAUGUGUCACACUAUGCUAAUGUGUCACACUAUGCUAAUGUGUCACACUAUGCUAAUGUGUCACACUAUGCUAAUGUGUCACAGUAUGCUUAUGUGUCACACUAUGCUAAUGUGUCACACUAUGCUAAUGUGUCACACUAUGCUUAUGUGUCACACUAUGCUAAUGUGUCACACUAUGCUAAUGUGUCACACUAUGCUAAUGUGUCACACUAUGCUUAUGUGUCACACUAUGCUUAUGUGUCACACUAUGCUAAUGUGUCACACUAUGCUUAUGUGUCACACUAUGCUAAUGCGUCACACUAUGCUAAUCCGUCACAUUAA